GCGGCAAGGCUUCAAAGCAACGGAACGACUUGUAGCUUGCUGUCUGUGUGUGCGCCGUGUUUUUUGGCAAAGGCCAGACAGGAACAAGGAGUGAACGACAUUGGAUAUUCGUCUCGUACCUUCCGCAAGCAACCCAUUCUCCAAUUUCACUCCUUCUAGGUUUUGGAAACCCUUUUCCGAAUUGUUUGUGUGCUUAAACGCGAAUCGUGCUGGGCCGUGGUCCAAUAUCCCCUUUAUUCUGUUCCAAACCCAGUUAAAAGCUUGCGAAAGGCUUGCUGUGUAGUGUUUUGCGUCAAAGUCCUUGCGCGGGGUGUGUCUACAGUUUUCCGGGUGUGGGGUCAGUUCCGUGAAUCAUUCAGCCAGUAUCAUCGGUUGCUUGCUCUAACUUGGUACACAUACACGCUGUCAGCGUGCAAACGAUAAAAAAGGUUCCGCUGAUCGGAGUUUGGUGAAGUUUAAGUGAAACAGUAAUAGAGAUGGAUUUGAAAAAUAAAGUCGCACUUGUGACCGGCGCUGCCACUGGGCUAGGCAGGGCGUUUAGUGAGGAGUUGCUAAAACAUGGAGCUAAGGUUGUCAUAUGCGAUUUGGACUCGGACGCCGGCGAAUUGACGGUGGAAGAGCUCGAAAAACAGUACGGCGCACGGGUACUGUUUUGCCAUUGUGACGUGACCGACUACAUCCAAUUCGAAGAGGCAUUCGAGUACACGGUGAACAUGUUUAAGGAGGUAAACAUUGUGAUAAACAACGCAGAAAUCAUGAACGACAACUUCUGGGAGCUGGAGGUGGAUGUGAAUCUGAACGGUGCCAUACGCGGAACGCUGCUAGCGCAAAAGUUUAUGGACAAAAGCAAAGGAAAGGGGGGUGGUGUGCUGGUCAACAUUGGUUCGGGUGUUAGCGUCACGCCCCAGCUAUCGACACCGAUCUACACCGCCACCAAGCAUGCCAUUCUCGGGCUAACCAAAGCCUGUGGUGAUCCGUUCCAUCACGCCAACACCAACGUGCGAGCAUUUGCUUACUGUCCUGGACCGAUCGAAAACUCGUCAUCGCACAACAAACGGUUCAUGUCGCCGGCGUACGAAAAGGCGAAAGAAUUGGAUAUGGCUGGUGUGCAGCUACAACGAAUGGAACAUGUGGCCAAAGAGUUGAUACCACUGUUAAAAAAUGCACCCACCGGUUCCAUAUGGCUAGUGACGGGAGGCAAACCGGCGAAAGAGAUACCGUACAGCAGCAUUUAAAAAUAUUGCCCCAUCGGAUUAAGUACAUUCUUCAAACUUCCCAUUCGAGCAUUCGAUUCGUACCAUAUUCAUGUUAAUUGACCAAGUCCACGGUCAAGGGUUAACACAAGCGUAUCAUACAGAUUCCAUUCCAGUUCAGGGAUGUAACUAUCAUUCGGUUCCAUAAAUCACUCUGACUUAAAGCUAAAGCUCUACAUACCAUUGAUUAUGCUUCGCUCCAUUUAUACUAUUACACCAGCGCCAGUGAAUUCGUGCACAGUAACGGCUGCAGUGAGCGAGUAUCCCGCGCUCACCAGCACGUUUCCGUGUAUUAGCAUAAGAAAGUCGGUAUCUUGCAAAGGAAUAUGACAAUUAAUUUCCAACACACAUUGUGGGAAUUUUCGCAAUAGCAAUGGGGUUGCGGGAAAUAAUAUUGAUAUGAUACCGAAACGCUUUUGAUAUUAAUUACCAUACCAGACAAGCAACGGAAACGAAAUGCAAUAUCAAUGUUGUAAGACAAAAUUGAUAUGUUUCUAGUGGUAAAAUUGUCGUAAAAUAAAGUAAAAUGCGUAACUAGUAUGAAAAAAAAA